CCAGGCUAGGAUUUCCUCGGCGGGAGAAGACCCAGCAAUUCCGGAUCCUCGGACUCCAUCUCCGCCCCCCCCGCAGGCCCUAGGCUCUGAUUUUAACCGUAGCGGUGUCUCCUCGCGGAGAGGAAUGGUGUGCUCUAGGCCUCCCGAGAAAUUCCCACCUCUGUUCUGGGCCCUGCGCAGCCUCAGGGACCCAUCUUUAAAGCCCGGCAGCUCACCUCACUCCAGGCCACGCCAGCUCGUCUCCACGGCAACGCACUAGGUCAGCAGAGAGACAAAGCUAUGAGCUUAUGGCGUCCAAAGAUCCGAAAAAACGUCCCGCCCCCUGUAGCCGCGCCCCUCCGAGCGUCUCCAGGGCAACGCGCGGGCGCUCAGCUUCCGGCGUCCUAGGAGGUGCUCGCUCGGUCUUCUUCCGCGUUCGCUGGCGCCGGUGCUUGCUCACCAUGGCUCACAGCCAGUCUCCCAUUUUCCAGUCGUCCCGGGGUACGAAAAGCGCUACCACACAUCCGUACAGGCGCUCGGUCAAAUGGGAUCUGGACUCGUCGACGGACGGUAAAAUCGUUACGAAAGCGGCCUCCGCUUCCGGCGCCGUCAGGGGCUCGGACUUCCGGCGCCGAAACUUUGACAAUUGGCACGAGACGCGCUUGGGGGUCCAGUCGCAGACUUGCUUCCCGCGGCCGCGAAGCGAGCAGCCCGUGCUGCCGUUCAGUGCAAUGAAUCCCAGUGAAAUAGCAAGGAAAAAAUGUUUACCCAAGAGCCGUUUAUCCCGGUUGAUCAUUCGGGACAACCUUGGUGCACAGCGAGUCUCUGAGCUGGAGGUAAGAACAUCUGAUAAGAGCAAGAAAAAGGUGAGCCACCUGCACGACCACUUGAAAAAGAAGUUCAUAACAAACCAAGAGCGAAAGCUGGGGCACUGGAGACAGGAGGCUCUGGGCGUCCAGCAGUACUUGGACAGCCUGCGAGUGGACAAGGUGCAACUACAGACUCGAAAGAAAGACCAACCACCCUAGCUAUUAGCUAUGAUCCUUGAGAAUCUCAAGUCAGACCCAAAGAGAACAUGAAAGGAGCCAACCUACACCAUCAGAACAAUAAAGCAAGACCAAUGGACAGCGGAACACAAACGCCCUCAGCAAUUCUCAUAAUCUGUGUCUUCUAAUAUCUCCUCUCCUCUGGCCAAGGAAGUCCUGAUUGAUAGUCCCUUGGAUGCUCAGGAAAGAGGCUGAAUCAAGCCAGCCUCCAAGGUUUGGGCAAAGAUGAACCCUUCUCUUCCUUCCUUACCUUCUUCCUUUCAUUUCUUUCUUUCUCUCUCCCCCUCUUCCCUUCUCCCUUUCUUCUCUUCCCUUCCUUUCCUUUCCCUUCCAGUGCUAGGAAUUGAAUCCAGGACCUUGCACAUGCUCAGCCUAGCACAUGUUCUACCACCAACCUACAUUCCUAG